AUGACGCCAGGUUCCCCAGAUGAGGCUCUUCACUUUCGAGGAAAAACUCUGACUCCUGAGAGCCCUCGCCCGGUACACAUUGCGGAACCGGCCAACAUCCCCGUGCUGCAAAAUCAAAUGGACCCCGUCUUCAAUGAUACGUCGACGUACGAGAUACCAGAGAAUGUCGCCCAUGGCCAUACCCCCCAGACGCAGGAUGGCCGAAUGCCCCGCGGACAAUAUGCAGGAUCUGAUGGUGGAGGUGGUGUGAGGGGAAAUCAAGGUCCCGUGCAGAGCCAGGAGCAGCAACAACAGCGGCAGCAGCCUUAUCCCCCAGCAGCAGGUAGCUUCUUCCUCUUCCGCCCUACCUCACUACUGGUAGAUGGAUUGAUGGACCAGCAUGAUUCAACAUCAACCAUUAUUCAACCUUAUCCAUCAAUCCCUAUACCUACCAUGACUGAGACCUCUGUGGUCCAAGAUCCAACAGCACCACCAUCAUCAACAGCAACCAUAAUCGCAGCAAACUCAUCUCUAACCGCUUGUCCUCCUCCAGAUACCGCUACUCUUCUAGCUCAAGCUAUCCCUAAUGGCCCUCCCCAUGCUCCUCCCCAGGGCAUUCCCGUUGCGAACGAGAUAAACAACCCUUCUGCCGACUGGUCCGCCCAGCCAGCUUCUUCUCAUGAUCAUCAUCGACUAGAGUUUCAAAACAAGAAGCCGGAAGAUAAUGCAUCCCAUCCGGAGGACGGUGUGGAUUUCCAAAACCUCCUCGAUAAUCUCCCCCCUCCCUCUACUGCCGCUCCCUCUGCCCCUACAGUCUCGGAGACGGCCCCCUCCGCGGACGACCCCUCUUUAAACCCUCAACCGGCAGCUACUGCUGAUGAGUCUCUCAAAUCCUCCUCGGGCCUCCCUCCUCGCCCUCCACCCCAGGAGAAGCCUUCUAUCCACCCCAACUACAAUCCCAGCGAUAACAUUCGCUCCUAUCACCAACUCCCUCCCUCUCAUUCCAACACAUCGCCCACCCAACCUGCCCAGCAGAGUAAUUACCCCUCCCAACUGGGUCUUCCCUCUUUGGUGGCUGCGGGUGCUCCCGGGACUGCAUCUGGAGCCAGCUCUCUACCCCCUCCCCCUGGUCCCAGUUUCCAACAAACCCCGCCCUCGGGCACUGAAUCCCAAGAGGCCGCGAAUAAUAAAAAUGGCCGUCUUGAUAGGCAAGCUGGGCGGCAAACCAAGUCCGGGGAUGACGAUGCCCCUUGGGGCCCAGAGGUGCAGAAAAAGUAUGAUGACUUUUUGCACAAUGAAAGAAUCUAUGUAACAGAGGGUCUAUGGGAUCGUUUCCCCCCUGGCUCUAGAUUGUUUGUUGGCAAUCUACCAACGGAGAGAGUAACCAAGCGGGAUCUGUUCCAUAUCUUUCAUAAAUACGGCAAAUUGGCCCAGAUCUCUAUUAAACAGGCGUACGGGUUUAUCCAGUUCCUUGAGUCUCCUGCUUGUAAACAAGCCCUCGAUGCCGAACAAGGAGCCGUGGUGAGAGGUAGAAAGAUUCAUCUCGAAAUAUCAAAGCCUCAGAGAAACACCAGGCCAGCUCCAGCUACAGCAGAGCCUCCGCGCGCCGCUCCUCCUCGACGCUCAAGAUCUCCAGAAUUCACCAGGAACGGUCCCACCGGUCGCACCCCGCGACCUCCAGGGGAUCGCUACGAUCGAGGCUAUGAGCCUCCUGGUAGACUGCCGUUUAGUGAUUUCAGGGAUGAGCCGACACACCGCAGGCGAGAUGAUUAUCGACCUCCCCCGAGAUCUCCAUCACCGCGGGUAUUCCGGGGCAGAGAUGGAUACAGAUCGAGGGAUAGAACCCCGGAGAGAUAUGAUCGGCGUCGACGUUCUCGGUCGCCGUAUGCAAGGGACCGAAGAUACCGGACUCCCAGCCCACGUGGCCGUAGUGCUUAUGAUAGCGACUCUGACUUGCCAGUUCCUAGAAGAGCCCCGAGGGAUGUCCCAGAAGUGCAAAUUCUCGUUCUCGAGGAAGUUGAUCGCAACUUUAUUUUCCUAGUUGAAACCGCGUUCCGCAACAGGGGUCUUCGAGUGGAUGUCUUGGUACUGGGCGCACGUAUCCCUCUCAAUGCGGCAGUUCAGCGUCAGAUAAUGGAGGGAGUACUUGCUGUUGUCCGACUGUCACGUCCCAACCAGUAUUCGCGAAAGAUCCCAGUGCAAGUUUUUGAUCGAAGUGGUGGGCCGGACAAUGUUCGCUUCAAUGAAUACCCUGAAGUUGAACCCAACAUCGCCGCCGAAAUCGUCUUCCAUGCACAGUCUAUGCACCGCGGUGGCCCCCCUGUUCCUUUCCCUCCUAACCCGGCAUUUGGAGUCCCACCUCUGGCGCCAGCCCCCAUCCCGCAGGCUCCACUGCCGGCACUUUCGAACCCUCCAAAUGUUGCGAGUAUGAUCUCUUCGUUGGAUGGACCAACCCUCCAAUCUCUCUUGUCUGCACUCCAGCAGCAGCGGCAACCACCCAUUCCAGCGACUCAGCAACCGUUCCCAGUCGCAAACGCUCCUCAUGCUGCUGCAGAUCUUGCGAGUCUUCUGACCAAUGCGACACGACAGCCUGUCGCACCCAACGCUCAGCAACCUCUCCCUUCUUUACCCCCUCAACCAUUCCCUCUUCAAGGGCCCAGUACUCCGGUCGUUCCAGACCCUAAUCUGAUCUCGCUGUUGACCAAAGGCCUCGGAGGGCAACAGCCGCAGAAUCAGGGUGCCGUUGGUCCUCAUGUUCAAAACAUCAUGAACCAAUUGACCAAAUGGAAGCAAUGA